AUGUCGGCGGCGGGCAGCAGCCGCGCCUUCUCGUUCUCGCUGCCCGCGGCGGCGGCACCGCUGCUGCUGGCUCUGGCGCUGGCAGCAGCAGCAGUGUCGGCGCUCGUGCUGCCAGCGGCGGCGGCGGCGAGCGGGUUCAGCUGCCGUCCUGGCUCCCGGCCGGUGCUCUUCAACUUCGGGGACUCCAACUCCGACACGGGUGGCAUGGCGGCGGCUAAGGGGUGGCACCUCACGCGCCCCGAGGGCCGCGCCUUCUUCCCGCGCCCCACCGGCCGGUUCUGCGACGGCCGCCUCACCAUCGACUUCCUCUGUGAAAGCUUGAACAUCAGCUACUUGAGCCCAUUUUUGAAGGCAUUGGGUUCCAGUUACAGCAACGGUGCAAAUUUUGCCAUUGCUGGUGCAGCAACACUACCACGAGAUGUUCCAUUUGCGUUGCACAUACAAGUCCAGGAGUUCUUGUACUUCAGAGAUAGAUCCUUGGAACUCAUCGAUCAAGGACUGAGUGGUCCAAUUGAUGCACAAGGAUUCCAAAAUGCUCUCUAUAUGAUAGACAUAGGCCAGAAUGAUGUAAACGCUCUUCUGUCCAACUUGCCCUAUGAUCAAGUUAUUGCCAAGUUCCCACCAAUUCUUGCUGAGAUUAAGGAUGCUGUCCAGCAAAAACUUUUGGAUACAUGGGACGGGUGCUCUCGGUUGCCUGCCACAGAAGCUUGCCAUACCAAGGAAAACGACAGUGAUCUUGAUCAGUAUGGCUGUCUCAAGACCUAUAACAGAGCUGCAGUUGCAUUCAACACAGCGCUGGGAAGCCUCUGUGAUGAACUGAGUGCGCAGAUGAAAGAUGCAACGAUUGUAUACACGGAUAUGUUCCCCAUCAAGUAUGAUCUUGUUGCCAACCACACUAAAUAUGGCUUUGACAAGCCACUGAUGACAUGCUGUGGGUAUGGAGGGCCUCCCUACAACUACGAUUUCAACAAGGGUUGCCAGUCUAAGAAUGUGACGGCCUGCGAUGACGGCUCAAAGUUCGUCAGCUGGGAUGGCGUGCACCUAACGGAGGCAGCCAAUGCGGUUGUGGCCAAAGCGAUACUGAGCUCAAAAUACUCCAAGCCCAGUCUCAAGUUUGAUCAGUUCUGCAGAGUCUGA